AUGAGACGGGCUAUAUACGUCCUCGCUUGUUGUCUUCUUGAGCCCCUGGCCGCAUCUGCGACAGCAGAUGCGAAAUACAAUGCAUCUGUGCCAUUCCGACCGAGCAAUGUCACGGGGCUGGAUGAUAUUUACAUCUGGGUUGGAUCAUACUACAAUGCCACCACGAAGAUAGAGUUUAUACCCGAGAUCGGAUCGUCAACCAACCAAUCUGUAUGCCAAAGUCUCCAAGGACAAACAUUCUCAGCGGAGUAUGAGUCUUUCCUCGCUAUUACUGAAAGGGGACCUUAUAAUCUGGGCUCAAAUCCCGUGAAUGCCCUCUUGACACUAUGGAAUUCGGGUGCGAAUCUUUCAUCGCUCUCGACAAACCCAUGGGAAUCGUCGUCUCUUCGAUGGUACAUCGAAUCUUCCCCUUGGGUAGACUAUGCGAAUAACAAUACGACUGCAAGCGACGCGUCAACCGAUUCUUUCGUCGAGGAUGUCUUUAACUUGACCUUAUCUUCUGGAACCAAGAAAGCUCCAUACAACCUAACGGGCAUCAUUAAGGAUGCAGACUUGAUGCUAGCUAGUUUCACGAUGGAUCUCAAAUCCUGCGAUAACUCUACCGAAAGCAGCCAAAAUCGCAUGACACUUGUUGAUCGCGACUGGUCUAACGAUGCCGGUUGGAAUUGGACAUAUCCAGCAGUGGAAAUCCAAUUCGAUAACCAAACAGCAAACUUUACUCUGAACGGAUAUGCUGCAGGUUUUCCCUACCUGAUCAACCCAAUUGAUCCCACAACAACACUAGGCCCAGAUGAGGUACAAGGAAAGAUUAAGGUUUCCUUCUAUGGGGUCAUCGAUCCUUAUCACUCUGACAUCCUGGUCAACACGAGCUCCAAGCCUACUUGGCUCAGAACUGUAGGGUUUGGAAACAAUUCGGCGAAUAUUGGCUACGAAAGUGGCUCUGUGACCUUAACCCGUCCAUUGUAUUGGGAGGUUGCCACAGUCGGGACCCUUCUUGCCUUGGCUUCAUUUAAUUUUUAA